GGGGAGAUCAUUCCCCACAUGCUUGGCUGACAGGGGGGCAGAGCCAAAUUUGCGGCUCCUUUCCUGAACGGGAACCGUGUCCGUCUCGGGCGCCGGAGCACGCGAUGUGACCCUCAGCAGAAUCAAAGCACAGCACAGCACGGUCCAUUUUUUAUUUGACCUCUCAUCAUGACCUCCCUCGACGUCCCGUGAAAAGCGGCCUUGGGGAACUGGGCACCGAGACAAGAUACUACCGCACAGUCUCCCCUCUGACCUUCUAGUCAUUGCCCGAAAAUGGAGACGUUCGAUUUUGUCGUCGUCGGAACAGGCAUCUUUGGCCUUGCCGCCGCAAAGACAUUCCAUCAGCUGGAACCCAAAAGCACCCUGGCCAUUCUGGACUCUGGAACUACCGUCGGGGGCGUCUGGGCCGAAGAACGGCUGUACCCAGGGCUGAAGACCAACAACAUGCUGGGGACCUUCGAGUAUCCGGAUUUUCCAAUGCGCACCGACAUCUUCGGCGUCAAACCCGGAGAACAUAUGCCGGGGGAGGCGAUGUUGAAGUACCUCACCAAGUAUGCUGAAAAGUUCGACAUCUUCGACAAGAUCCGUUUUCGGUCAGCGGUCACGACCGCCGAGCACCAAGGCACCACCGGAGGGUGGAUCUUGACUGUCCAGAAUGGUACCGCUCAAUACCAAAUCUUCGCACGCAAACUGGUCAUGGCCGCGGGACUUACUUCAGAUCCAUUUUUGCCGCACAUUGAAGGCCAAGAGAAGUUUGGAGUGCCCCUUUUCCACAGCGGAGACUUCGUCAAGUACGCCGAGACGCUGGAUUCUGCCACGACGGUGACGAUAUUCGGAGGAACAAAGUCAGCUUGGGACAUUGUGUACGCUUAUGCUUCAAAGGGCGUCAAGGUGAACUGGGUGAUACGAGCAAGCGGGCAUGGUCCAAUUUGGAUAUCACCUCCCUAUGUCACCCCGCUGAAGAAAUGGCUCGAGAAACUAGUCCACACACGCCUGCUUACAUGGUUCAGUCCUUGCAUAUGGGGUGACGUUGACGGCUACGGUUGGAUCCGCCGCUUCUACCAUGGGUCCGCCAUCGGCCGCGCCAUCACGAACGCCUUCUGGUCCAUACUGGGCAACGACGUUCUCACCUUGAAUAAGUACGACUCGCAUCCAGAGACAAAAAAGCUCAAGCCGUGGAGUCAUGCGAUGUUCACGGCAUCCUCCUUCUCCAUCUUAAACUACCCAACCAACAUUUUCGACCUUGUGCGCGAUGGCACUAUUAAAGUGCACAUCGCCGACCUUACGGGCUUGUCGGAGAGGACUGUGCACCUAUCCGACGGUACACAACUUGACACCGACGCGCUCUGCUGUGUCACCGGCUGGAAGCACGUGCCGCCCGUCAAGUUCCUACCUGAGGGCAUCGAAAAGGAGUUGGGACUGCCUCGCAAGGCCUCGGAGAACGACCUGUUCAGCCCCAAGAAAGUGCACCUGGCCGACGGCACCAUCCUCUCCCGCUUCCCACAGCUGCGUGACCAGCCCGUACAGAACGAACACCUGACGCCGCUCCUCAGCACCGAGGGCCUCACGACCACGGACGCGAUCAACCCCUCCACACCCCUCACCCCCUGGACGCUCUACCGCUUCAUCGUGCCCCCCUCGGAGCGCCUGCUCCAGACGCGCGACAUCGCCUUCGCCGGCAUGCUGCUCAACUUCUCCACCACGCUCGUCGCGCACGCCCAGGCCGUCUGGAUCGCCGCCUACUUCCGCGACCAGCUGUCCGCGGCCGUCCUCCCGCCGCUGGCGCCGCGCCGCUCCGACAGCGCGCGGCGGAAGGAGGAGGAGCAGGAGGAGGAGGAUACCAAGACGAUGGCCGAGGUCCGCCGCGAGACGCGCCUGCACGCUCGUUUUGGGCGCUGGCGCUACCCGGCUGGGCAUGGCACGCAGUUCCCUGAUUUUGUGUUUGACGGGCUGCCGUAUGUGGAUUUGUUGGUUAAUGAUCUGGGCUUGAAGGUUCAUCGGAAGGGGGGGUGGUUUGCGGAGAUGACGGAGCCGUAUGGCCCGGAGGAUUAUCGCGAUUUGGUGGCGGAGUUUGUGACGAAGGUGGGGGGGAGGGGUGGUUAGUUGGGAACUUGGGGUUGGCGUUGGGUUGGGGUUGCCCUGUUGGUGGUGGGAUUGUAUGAGGGGUGGGUUCCAAUAUGGAUGGGUGGGUGGAUUGUUUGCUCUGUUGUUGAGAACUCGAGCAUGUGCUUGGAGAAUUGAUGUUUAAUGGUCAUUUGUUGCGCGUGAUUCGGGGUGGGGGGAUGCGUGUUCCUCACGGAGGCUUUUUGGACAACUUGGAACUACAAAAAUUGAAUUUCGGUUGGGCGUCGACCCUCACAUAAUUCCUGAUAUUUCACAUUUGGC